GUUCACCACAAGCGCAAUCAACAUAUCAUGUUAUAUCUCAACGAUGUAUCAUUAUUACGCGGCUUAUUGCGGACAAAAUGUGUGAAAUAUGGAUACACGUUUUAAAAAUACGCUAGUUGCAAUGUACAUGCUGGAUGAAAACAGCCAACAACCAUUUGAUUAGAGACACUUAACCUGUGUUAAUGUGUUCUUGUGUGGUAAUUUUAUUGCAUAUCCAAACUGUUGAUUAUUUAUCAAUUUAAAAGUUCAAUUAUGAACGACAACACUGAUCUAAAACUUUCCAAUGGUUGCAUUUCAUUUCCGGUUCACGAGUGCCCUGAAUGUGUUGGCGACCAAAUGCCAGAUGGAAACGUUAAAGAACUUCCUGUUAUAUAUGAGACAGAUAUUCUAAUUGAAGAGAAACAGACUAACUCUAAUGAUAAGAAAUGGGGAAAGGACAAUAGGUGUGAAAUUCCAAAUAUUCCAAACAUUGUCGUCGAAAAUUACUGCCAUGACAACAACACAGAAAAAGACAAUGACGACGAUAGUAAAGUCACUUUGAGGCGAAAGAAGACUUCAUUCUCAGAAAAUGUUGAAACCAUUACUAACGACGAUUACAAAUAUAUGGACUACCUUCAGGUUCCUAAAACAGGAACUUCACGAAGAAAGAUUGAAAUAGGUAGUGAAAAAAUGAUCAGCAAUGACGAUCUCAGAUUAGCUGCAACCUUGGUGCAUGAUGCAAUGGAAGGAAGGACCACUGAUAUAAAAACUGAGCCAAAAUACGUCAGGUCAUAUAACCGGUACAAGUCAUGGCCACUGACAUACCUGCUGUAUAUAGCUAUCAUUGUAGACCUAAGUCUCGUCGUGUUCGAAGAACCAGCAGUUCAGGGUUUUGCAAUACACUAUUCUGUAACAAUGUUUGUGGAGGGUGUGUGUCUCGUUUAUUUUACGAUCAGAACAUGCCAUAAUUUUCACUGGAGGAGAACAAAAUCUUUCUUCAAAGAUGUCAAAAACAUUUUCAUUAUCGGGAUACUCGUGUUGACGAUUCUUGACAUGCUUUUGUUCGUCAUACUAAAGCAAGUUAUUCCAGAUGGACGAGAUGUGAGAUAUACCAGAGUUCUCAGGCCUCUCCUUAUAGUCAACUUUUCAGAUGGAAGACAGAUACGACGAGCAUGGCGAAAUAUGCGUAGGACAAUCAAGGAGAUCGUACAUGUUCUGUUCCUGUUCUACUUCUUUAUAUUCGUGUUUGCAUUGAUCGCCUACCAGAUGUUCAGUCACAGAAACGAUAUGAAGUACCCGGACGGCAAAGACUACUUCAAGAACUAUAUGGAUAGUGUGUGGGAUCUGUAUGUGCUCGUUACAACUUCAAACAACCCUGAUGUCAUGAUGCCGGCUGUAGAGAAGAGCAGGUUCUAUUGUGCCUUCUUUUUCGUGUACAUACUUGUCUGCUUCUACCUGCUUCUUAACGUCUUCCUUGCUGUCGCCUAUCACAGUUAUAACGAAAACAUGAAGGUUGAAAUAAAGACAAGCGCUCGAGACAAGAAGAAGAAACUGGUUCAAGCGUUUGAUGUGAUCAAGAUCAAUCAUAAAGGAGAGGACAUGGUUACAUACAGGAUUUGGAAGCGUCUUAUGACCCUUGCACAGCCGAAGCUCUCCAAGAACCAGAUAGACCUACUCAUGCUGAUAUUGGAUAUGAACCGCUCUGGACAUAUAGGUAGACGAGAAUUUAUGAACGUUGCUGAUCUCCUAAAUGUACCUGUAUCAGAAGUUGCUGAUCGGACCACAUACCUAGAAAAAUGGUUUCCGAAGAUCUAUAAUUCCACUCCAGCAGAAUACCUCAAAACUUUCGUAGAUAGUGUUUUCUUCAAGUUUAUGUACGAUAUUGUCGUUAUUAUCGAGGUAUUCCUUAUUGGGUUCGACGUUGCACAUAUCGACGUCCCGUUCUGCUGCCUGUUUUUUCUGGAGAUCCUGAUAAAAGUUUUCACUUACGGACCAUUGAGAUACUUCAAGCGAUUUAGCAAUUGGUUUGAUGUCUUCAUAACAUCAGCAUCUUGCAUUUUUAUAAUCACAAGCUAUGUCUACCCAUAUCAAGGUGUUGUUUUUACAGAAACAUCAAAGAUUAUACAAAUAAUUAGAAUCUUUAGAAUCCUACGCCUCCUUGUGCACAUCAAAAGGUUUAAAAUCAUAACGGAUACAUUAGUCAACAUUUCUUUAUCCAUAGUUAUGUACUGUGGCAUUCUGUUUAUAAUAUUUUACAUAUUUGCAAUCAUCGGCAUAGAAGUUUUUCAAGGAAAGAUCAAUGACCAUACUCAUAAUGUAACAAAUGAAACAUUAGAGGAGAUGUAUUGUGGUGCACUAGAGCUGAAAGGUAGUGCUUUCUACGAGUCCAGAUACUGCAGUCUGAAUUUCAACGAUUUCAUCAGCUCUGUACUUGUUUUGUCAACGAUUCUGUUCGAGAAUAACUGGCAUAUCCUUACACAAGGAUAUGUGUUGGUUGCUGGCAAAGCGGCUCGAAUCUAUUUUGCCGUCUUCUUUAUGUGUGUCUCCGUCGUUGUCAUGAAUAUUGUGACGGCGUUUGUAGUUGACAUGUUCAUGUAUGAAUACACGAUCCAAAAGGAGGGUAAAGUUGACUCUACAGUCGAGAAGAAAAUUAAAGAUCUAGGACUCGGGAUAGACGCCGAAACUGGUCUGGAGAUUUCGGCUCCCCUAUCCGACAACGAAAUGGAGGAGUUACUAAAGGACGGCACUAUUCAGAAACCAAAGCAACACCCUUGGGUGGAGAAAGCUACAAUGCAUGGAUUACGAAGUGCUGAAGUUAGAUUCUCGGCAAUCAGUUCUUUUGUUACCAAACGAAAAAGUUCAGUUCCAACACUGAACAGAUUCGAUGGUAUUCGUUUCCACAUAAAGAAAAGAGGUUGGACAAAGAUAGAAAUUCUGUUGCAACAGCUAUAUGAUGUAGAAUGUGACAUUGUGGAGGAAUGUGGUAUUGAUGUAACUGUUAAUCAUACAGACCAAACGCAGAAUAACAGAUUAAAAUCCAUGAUAUUGUGAACGUUGAUAUCAGACGUAAUUGUUGCUUAUUCCGGAAACUUGGAUACGCAAGAAGUGACCAGAUUAGGUCAUAUCUUAAUAAAAAAAAAGUUAACAUACGAUAGCAGAAGAUUGGCGGGGUAUUUUCGUGAUCUUUAAACACGUCUCAGAUAUUCAUUGGUUUAUUUAAUAAGUUAUAAAUUAGCAACACUUGUGUGGUUAUUUUGCAUUAUGGCAUUAAUGUAUGCUUCAGAACGAAAGUAUUAUUUAAGACCAAAAUGUUAACCCCUAGAAAUAUAUGCAAUUAAGCAUAUUCCACACCCUCUAAAAAUCAGAAAAAUAAGGAAGUGUUUGCCUUAUUUUUGACGUUGCCAUCCGCACAAUGUACUUUUUGCAAAUAUAGCGACAGACAGUUAGAAGCAGACUGUACAUAAUAUAAUGCUUUACUUAUUCUAUAAAAUGUUCUUUCAAAUGCUCUCAACAGAUUAAACAGUUAAAAGAA